UGUAAACGAGGCUGUGAUUGGUGUUGUGACUGAUUGUGGUACUUCCUGAAAGGGUACACCCAAGUUAUGCGAAGCUACAGAAGCGGUUGUUUGGAGGGUAUAAUUGGGAAAUAUGACUGUUUCCUGGAGGCCUGUUGAGCCAGUGAAGUAUGCUGUCGCAAUUUGUCAAUAUUCUGGAAAGCAUGACUAUUGUCUUUCAUUACAACUUGGUGAAAUUGUUGCAAUCAAGGAAACACAUAAAGAAUGGUAUAGGGGGUUCUCACUGAGAAACAAAAACGUCUGGGGAAUAUUUCCUGCAACACAUGUACAUGUCAAAGACCAUAAUUUGGAUCGACAAGGGCAAAAUGUUGAAGCAUCCAAGAAAGAGCUGCCAAUUGUAGAGGAAGUUACAUCAGUUCUGAGAGAAUGGGGUAUGAUAUGGAAGGAGCUGUUUGUGAAACAAGAAACAGAACUGUUUCAAGACAUUCGCCAGCUGAUGAUGGAGCUUAUGAACUGGAGAAGGCAAAUCAUCUCAGGAACUCUUACUGCGGACCAAGUUCAGCAAUUGAAGCGUGAUAUUGCGAAUAAGAUUGAUUAUGGAAACAGGAAACUUGGCCUUGAUCUAGUUGUUAGAGACAACGCUGGGAAUAUUAUCAAUCUGGAAGAAACUGGAGUCAUCGAACUUUAUAAGCGUCACCUUGAAUCAUCGCAAAGAACUCAAAACAGUCCUGAUGGUCGGAUGUCUAGAAGGUCCCAGAAGUCAAUCAGCGCAUACAGCAGCCAUAAUUUGUAUGUUAACAUAAAAAAUGUUAUCUGCAAGAUUGGGGAUGAUUCAGAAGUUUAUAUUGCACUGUAUGAUGGCAGAGAGAAUGUUUUUAUCAGUGAGCAGUUCGUUGUCAGAUGGGACAAGCUUGGCAUGCCGAAGGACUUGGAUAGACUUCAUAACCUCUCUUCUCUUUUCACUGAUUUGGGUUCUCAAGAUCUUCAAAGAGAUAAGCUCUUCGUUGUUUGCCAAAUUAUUAGAAAUGGUCGCAUGAUUGCAAAGGAUGCUGACAACAAGCGACUGACUCAGCGGCUUCGUAGGCCAUUUGGAGUGGCAGUCCUAUAUGUCAGUGAUAUUAUUAGUGGAAAAGUCGAAGAUGCAGAAGACAAGGAAUAUUUUCUACAACUUCAUACGAUUACUGGCGACGGUGAAUUCAUGGAUACACUUAUCCGGAAAUGUGUCACUAAAGAGCAAGAUAGACAGUCUUCUAACCAAGGUAUCUGGCUGUCACUGCAAAUGGUACAUGGUGACCUUGCAACGGUGCGAGAAGAGCACCCGUCCUUGGUCAACAAAUUCACUGUCGUUGCAAGAAAGCAUGGCUUCCCAGAUGUUAUAUUUCCAGGUGACACGAGAAAUGAUAUUUACAUAACCCUACUCAAUGGGAACUUUGAAAGAGGAAACAAAAGUGCAAAUAAGAAUAUUCAAGUGACAAUGGCAAUUCAUGCGGCAGAUGGCACUCUACUUGAAAGUGUGAUAAGUCCUGGGUCAGGUGAAAAUAUGUGCAGCGAAUAUUACUCAUGCAUUUAUUACCAUUGUGCUAAUCCAAGAUGGAUGGAAACAGUUAAGCUAAGUGUACCAAUCGAGCGCAUCCAGGGGUCACAUAUCAGAUUUACGUUCAGGCACAGGGCAACAAAUGAUGAAAAAGACAAAAAUCAGAAAAUUUUUGCAUUUGCUUACCUCCCUCUUAUGAACAACGAUGGAACCGCGCUGCAGGACAGUUGUCAUGAUUUGGCAAUUUAUAAGUGCGAAACGAGAAAGAUCGACAGCAAUACGUCAUACCUGAAACUGCCUUCGAAAAGGACAACAGCGAUGGCUACUCUACCGAACCAGAAGAAAGCUAUCUCCAGUGGUGGAUUUUCCUACAGUAGAAAUGAGUCAUUCCAAGUCUCUUUUCAGCUUUGUUCAACAAAAUUGGCACAGAACGUGGACCUUCUUGGCUUGUUGAAAUGGCGUUCACAAAAGGACAAGCUGUCUGACAUUUUGCCAGCUCUCAUGAAAGUCAGCGGAGAGGAAAUCGUCAAGUUCUUGCAAGAUGUCUUCGAUGCUCUAUUUGCAAUUCUGAUGGAUGACCCAGAUAAAUACGGCGAACUCAUUUCUGACGCAGUUGUGUUUUGUAUAACACUGUUGGCUGACAAGAAGUAUCACCAGUUUAGGCCUGUUCUUGAUGCAUACAUAAAGAACAUGUUCAGCGCUGCCAAAGCUUACUUGACACUAACAAGUGUGCUGCAGAAGCACAUAGAGAUUGCAGACAAGUCUGAAAAACGUGUGGAGGAUAAAAGAGACCGGCUAAUCAAGUAUUUCAAAGCUGCAGAGUAUAUUGUGAAGUUUAUAGUUCGCUCUAGGCAGCUGGCCGAAAGGUCUGCUCCUGGCAAAGGAAGGAUGGAAUUCGAGACAUCUUUGAAUGGCCUCUUCUCCGCUGUUGUCACGUUGAUGGUCAACUCUAGCAACGAAGCUCUUGUUGUCCAGGGUUGUGCUCUUAAGUAUGUGCCUGCGAUGUUCGGUGACCUCCUUGAGGUGUAUGACAACAUGCAGCUUGGAUAUUUUGCAAGAGAUCUUAUUGAGAAGAUCAAGCCUGGAAGACUUCAGCUGCAAAAGUUGACUUGUCUCCACCAACUUGUGAAGUCGCCUCUAUUUUGCGUUCAAGACGCAAGAGCAAUAAUGAUGCCAAUGGUGAUUAAUCAAUUGACAUUGUAUCUUGAAAAAAUGGAAGAUCUACAAAUUUGCAUCGAUAUCUUGAAUGAUUUGCUUGCGACUCUAACGAAACCAGUGGAAGUCGUUGGUGAAACAGACCAUGAUAUCACAGCAAUAGUCGUUCAUUUGUUCAGAAACAUCGUUAAGUGUGUUAUUCGCAUGGAGAGAUCUAUUGCAUUACUGGGAAACUACGUCGCUUGUAUCAUCUGCAUUUUAGAUGACACGUUCAUGAAGGAUAAACAUUAUCAAAUUUUCAUCGAAUCUUUGACAGAUAGAGGAGAGCUUCUGGACUGCCUCAUUGAGCUUUUCUUAGUGUUCAGGGACUUUAUCAGCACUAGCGUUUACCCGCGUGACUGGCUUUCAAUGACAAUGGUUCAAAACCAGGAUAUCCUGCGUGCAGUUGGCCAUUUCUCGAAAGCAUUGUACGAAAGGUUUUUAGUGGGAGAAAGCUUUGAACUGCAGCUUUGGAGCAACUAUUUCCAACUGGCCGUUGCUUUCAUCACACAAGGAUCACUUCAGCUGGAAAUGUUCAGUGACAUGAAGCGAAACAAGAUUCUUGAGAAGUAUCUUGACAUGAGAUUGAUUGUGGGUCAGCAAGUCUAUGAAAUGUGGCAGUGUCUUGGAAUGAACAAAGUGAAGCUGAUUCCAGGAAUUGUCGGGCCGUUCCUAGAAAUGACCUUGGUACCGGAAGAAGAACUUCGGAAAGCUACUCUUCCAAUUUUCUAUGAUAUGAUCGAAUGUGAAUUCAGGAACCGACAGAACUUUCGCCAGGUUGCCACUGAAGUGAUAAGCCAACUCGAUCUUCUGGUCGAAGGUGGGAAAGGUGAUGAGCACUAUAAAGAAUUGUUCCAAGAAAUUCUUGGCGAGCUGUUCCGCAACCAGAAAUAUAUUCCAGAGUUUUCUCGAGUUGGAUUAGCAUUUGUGGACACGAUUUGUCAACUAUUGACCAGGCUCCUUGACUACAGAACGGUCACAGAAACUGAUGACAACAUCAACAACAAAAUGAGCUGCACUGUCAAUAUCUUGUAUUUUUACCAAGGCAUCAAACGAGAGGAGAUGUAUAUCAGGUACCUAUACAAGUUGUGCGAAUUGCACCUGAGCGUUGAGAACUACACCGAGGCAGCAUUCACCCUUCUUCUGCAUGCUGAACUGUUGUCUUGGACGGAUGAUCCAUUGUCUGAAACACAUCAGGUGAAAUACAGAGGAUACACGGAAAGACAGUUGAAGGAGAAAUUGUACAAGGAAAUUAUUAACUACUUCGAUAAAGGAAAGACUUGGGAGUAUGGAAUUCGAUUGUGCAAAGAGUUGGCCACACAGUACGAAACAGAAACAUAUGAUUAUGUGCAACUCAGUGAAAUUUUGGAACGGCAAGCAAAAUUUUUCGAGAACAUCAUCAAAAGCGUCAUCAGAGCCGAACCAGAAUAUUUCAGAGUUGGAUUUUUUGGCAAAGGGUUUCCAUUGUUCCUUCGCAACAAAGCCUUCAUAUACCGUGGUAAUGUGUACGAGAGGCUUGGUGAUUUCAAGAUCAGAAUGCAAAGCCAGUUUCCAUCAGCACAGUUUCUAUCAUCACUUCAACCUCCUGGGAAAGAUAUUACAGACUCGCCAUUCCAGUAUUUUCAAGUUUGCCGUGUUGAUCCAGUUCCGGUAGAAAGACGAAGAUUUAGAGGAAAGGCAGUUGCCGAGCAAAUUCGAAAGUUCUAUGAAGUGAACGAUAUCACCCAAUUUGCCCUCUCGAGGCCUUUCCACAAAGGCAAGAAGGAUAAAGAUAAUGAAUUUUCAACUCUUUACAUCGAAAGAACAACGAUGAUAACGAAGUUGAGUUUUCCUGGAAUUCUCCGCUGGUUUGAAGUGACACAUUCGGCACUGACCGAGCUGACCCCAGUUGAAAAUGCUCUUGAGACAAUGCGUGCGAAGAACAAGGAGAUUCAGAGCAUGAUUGGCAGGUUCAAGGCGGACACAAAGGCCAACUUGAAUCCACUGAGUAUGUUGCUUAAUGGUGUAAUUGAUGCUGCGGUUAUGGGAGGCAUAUCGAACUACGAGAAGGCUUUUUUUAAUGAAGACUAUGUGACGCAGAAUCCGAUGCACAGCUCUUUUUUGGAUGAGCUGAAAGAACUCAUCGUUGAUCAGGUCGAUCUGCUUGAGCAAGGUUUAGCACUUCACAAGGCUCGUGCACCCGAUGAGCUCAAGCCAUUCCAUGAAAAGAUGGAGAAGUGCUUUAAAGAUAUGAAGACAAAAGUUGCUCCAUACAAAAAGCAAGUGCAACGUGCUAGUGUCUACCGUCCUACAAGUAUGAUAGUGUUUUCACAGGAUGGGAAAUUCAAAUCAGAAACUGAAGUUAGUGGAUCGGAUCCACCACCCAUCCCUGAAAAACACAAAUCACAGUCCCAAGUGCAGAUGAGGUCAAGUGCAGUUAAUUCUGACAGAAGCAACCGUCAUACGACUAUAAUCGGAGGACAAACUGUACAGCAGAUUCUGUCAGGCCAGGACCAAAGUCGUAACCGCAAUUCGCUUGUAGCAAGUGCCGAGGCCAUACAAGACCUUAAUGAAGCAUCGCCGAAACUUCGUCCACGGUCAUCAAAACCACUCACACCGAGACAAAUGGAAAGAAUGGAAAGAGACAGUGCCCAUGUUGCACCACCCAAGCCGAAUCGUGUCACUCAGCCAGCUGUUGGACCAGAUGACUCUGCACCACCGCCUAUUUUGCCGGUAAAAAAGAAACAUGUAAAUCAAGAGCAAGCGGAACAACCAGCGCGAAACCCGGAAGACGAGUCAGCCCCUCCAAUACCGCCGAGACAAAAGUAGAAAAAACCAGGACAACAACAAUUGGAAACUCUGUUGGGUAGCUUUACAAUGUUCGCAUCAAUUUUGUAUUGAAUUUUUUUAUACCCCGAUUUUCUAUUGGCGAUUUUCA